AUGGUACAUGAGUAUACAUUGCUGCCAGAAGGUAUAAGAGAGAAUAUAGCACAUUUGGCACCGCAUGAAAUCUUCGAAAAUCUGCACACGAUAAUUCACGAUGAGUCGAAUGAGGUUGCAGAGGUGUACGAGCAUUUUGAAUAUGAACAGCAACUGGAUAAAUCACUUUUGUCUCGGAGCUCUGUGAUAGGACUGGGGUUUGGGCUGAUGAGUCCUGUCUUGGGCAUGUGUACGAGUAUGGGGAUAGGUUUGAUGAAUGGUGGACCACUAACGAUUAUGUGGGGGUUUCCGAUAUGUGGGUUCUUCUCGUUCUUAUGUGCUUCUUCGCUGGGAGAGGUAGUAUCGAAAUACCCGAUGGAGUUGCAUGGUGCGAGUGCCAUGAUUGCACCCGAAUCGAUCAAGCGUGUUUGUUCGUGGCUCACCGGUUGGAUGAUUCUGCUAGGUAACUGGUUUAUGAGCAUAGGGGUCACUUUUGCGGGAGCUCAAUUGAUCAUUUCCUUAAUAGCGAUGAAUGACAGCCGCACCAUCUCGGAUAGCCGACUAGGGAUCUACACUGUGCUGGUUUACUAUGCAGUCGUUACCGUCGUUGGUGUUGUGAACCUGAGUUACGCGCGUUACGUUGAGCUUAUCAACAAGGUCUGCAUUUACUGGAUCGUGUAUGCUGUACUGUUCAUUGACGUUUUACUACUUCUGUUCCACAGGCACAGAUUCCGUUCAUUGUUCUAUGCACUAUUCCACUUCGACAAUAGUCUCUCGGGCUAUAAAAGUGCUUUUCUUUCAUUUAUCAUUGGGUUCCAACAAUCAAAUUUUACUUUACAAGGUUUCAGUAUGCUUCCUGCUCUAGCAGACGAAGUUAAGAAGCCCGAAAAAGAUAUCCCCAGGGGAAUGUCGACUGCCGUGCUGAUAUCAACAACCCUGGGUAUCAUAUUUUUAUUCCCAAUCAUGUUGAUCCUGCCAGAUCUUGGCAGCUUGUUCGAUAACAAUAAGGUACUGCCUAUUGUAAACAUAUUCACACAAUCUACAGAUUCGACGUUUGUUUCGGUUUUCCUCAUUUUGCUGAUUCUGGGGAACCUUUUCUUCUCGGGAAUAGGUUCAAUAACGACAUCCUCACGAGCCGUGUACAGUUUUGGACGUGACCAUGCAAUCCCUUUUCACUCGGUCUGGACGUAUGUGGAUCCGUGCUCGGAGUCUAAGGUUCCUAAAUAUGCUGUCCUGCUGAGUAUGGGAGUAUCGUAUAUUUUAGGUUUGCUGCCGCUUGUAUCGACAGCGGCAUUCAAUGCCUUCAUCGGAUGCGCUGUGUUGUGUCUGUGCUCAGCAACUUUGAUACCACUUAUCCUAGUCCUUUUAACUGGGAGACGGACACUCAGGAACGCCCCCAUCAAGAUAAAGUAUAAAAUUGGUUGGGUUGUGAACAUUGGAUCCGUUGUCUGGCUUUUGUUAUCCAUGCUCUCAGUUUGUCUGCCUCCACAGAUCCCUGUUACCGCGAAGACUAUGAACUAUGCCCUGGUAGUUUUCGGCGCUUGCUUCAUAUCUAUCGUCAUUCUCUACUUUAGGUGGGGAAACGUCAACUUCCAGCUGCCGCUGGUGGAUAAGCUCAGCAAAGAUAGCACAACCAUGGAAAUUGGCGAGACUGAGUACGGACAAAAAUCGCAUCUUUCAGCGGGAUUGGAGAUGUUUCAGCAGUUCGAAGGACAAUCAUCCGCCAAAAGCAUUAGCUGUAGCUCGCAACAAUCGCCCAGCGAUGAAAGCUACGAUUUGGGCGUCCCCAAGCUUGAAACUCUGUGA